CACACAAAACACAUAGAAACAACCCACCCUGGCUCAACAUAACAGAGUCCCAGAGCCAGGGCGUGACAAGUUGUCCCAUUUGCUAUGUCAUUUGCCAUGUAUAGGAUAAGGUUGUAUAUUGUGAUUUGUGUUCAUUGUAAUAUUGAAAACUAAAAAUAUAGAUUAAAUAAGUGAUUUGCAACAAAACGCAAUAUGGAUUUAAGCACAUUAACAAAUCAAUAGGGGAACAGUAAGCAACACACAAGUACUUCACUUCAACAGCUGCUCAAUGCUCACAAUUCCGAUAUGGCGCCACUUUGACACUCACUGCAAUACAAUGUUGCUGGUAGACAAUGUAAAUGGCUCCUGAUGUCACUGCCACUCAAUAUGUGGACUUUGUUUCCCUGGGGAACUCAAAAAGGGCAGCGCUACAAUGUUUAAUCCUCUCAACAUUCCUGGGAUGGGUAAUCAAGGCCCAUGACCAAAGUGUUCUCUUUCCAUCUGUCGCUACAAAUGAGUCAGAAGUUGACGUUGACAUACAUGACAUACAGCUGCAUCGUCAAGCGAUGCCUAGAUAAUGACCACCACUUGUUGAUUGGAAAAUUAUAAAUUAAUCGGGGAGUAACAGAGUGGGCUAGAGGGGGAUUUCCAUCCAUCCCCCUGCUUUGCAUCUUCCCAAAAUGUCAGUGUCACCUUACCAAAAAAGUAUUUAUAUCUAUGUGGUGCAUGCUGGCUACGCCACACCCCUUUCAGUCUAUUUCCUGCCCUCUGAGCGCUUGUUUUGCAGGUCCCCUCUUGAUCCUGCAGCCUAUUCUAAAAGGGUAGGAGAAGUCUGCUUCCUUUUUUGCACCAGACCUGAGUUGGGUCACUGUGGUAGGGAGUCACCUCUUGCUGGUCUCUUAGCUGGUGGUACCUCAAUGGUCUUGGAACAAUCCAAAUCAACCCAAGUCUAACCAGAUAUCCUCAAGUUCUCUGUACUUGCGUCAAAGUUUCAGCACUUCAGCGUUGUUCACUCGGCUUCUUCACCCAACAUCCAAGUUUCCCUUCCGUCUUUCGAGAAACGCUUCAAUGGAUCAGUCGAAGUACCGCAUGGCGGGCGUGCAGGACAAGCUGGAGGUGCUGGGGGUGGAGGACGAUGCAGGCAAUCCCAUCAGUGCCCUGACCAUCCUGUCGCUGCUGGAGCGUGUGGCAGGCAUCAUCGACAACGUUCAGGCUGGCCAGCAGCGCAUGGAGGAGCGGCAGCUGGAGCUGGAGACCAACAUCAACACCAUCCAGGGUGAUGUCCUGAAGCUUGCCAAAGACCACACCACCACCAGUGGCACCGUGGAGAAGCUGCUCCAGAAGACGCGUAAGGUCAGCUCCAAUGUCAAGGAGGUGCGCAUGCGCGUAGAGAAGCAGAACGUGCGCGUCAAGAAGGUGGAGACCACACAGGAGGAGCUGCUGACCCGUAACAAGUUCCGCGUCAUCAUUUAUCAGGGGGAACAUGAGAUCCCUUCGGUGGCCGUGACAAAGACCCCAAAAGGAGCGGUUGGUAUGGAGGGGUUGGUGAUCGAGCCAGACACCUACAAUGUCCCCGAGGACAUCUCCUCAGACGAGGAAUACAUGACGGUGGACGAGACUGAAGGAGGCUCCAAAACCGCCCGCCUGAAGGCGUCAGGCAUGAAGGGCAUUGAAAGCAUUAAGCACGCCUUCUCCAAGGAGACCAUGACUAAGACCAAGGACAACUUGGGCACCAAGUUCCACAACAUGGGCGAGAAAAUGGUGCCCCCCGAAAGACGGGAGAAGAUGCACCAGGCCGGCGAGCGUAUCAAGCACUCUGGCGAGAGGCUGAAGGAGAACAUUGCGAAGAAAGCCCCCACCAAGGAGUCCUUCCGCAUCAAGCUGAAGAAGGAGAGGACCGUGGCCGAGGGCCAGGAGGGAGCUGAGGCUGAUGGGGAGGUCGAUGAGGCGGUGACCCCAGUCAAGGGAAGGAAAAGCCCGGAAGUCAGUAAAACCCCGGUAGUAACCUACACAGAGGUGGUAACGGAGGUGGAAACCAAGAGGGAGGGUCCCGUGGAGGAGCCGGCCGUCAUCAGGAUAGGGGAGGUAGGGAAAUUCGCUGUGGAGGCAGUGGAAGAGGGCAAGGAGGACGAAUACGACAGGAAGUAGAUCUCCAGCAUGUUGCCGCAACACAACGACAAGUCACCAAAACAGGAAGUGAAGCCGGGUAGGAAGAAAGCUUGCAGUGUCUUGCAAGAGAGAUGGUCUGUGACGAAUCAACAUCGACGACAGACAAUUUACAUUAUCAAUCCGUAUAAAAAUCAAAGAGAUACUUGUAUUGGAUAUGGAUACUGACCAGUCUACAGAGGAGUGGAAAGAGUUCUGUGACUGACCUGGUAAUCUAUAAAGAUUGUGUUUCUGGGGUGUCAGAUGUUGGUAGGUUAGUGACCCACUAUCACGUCAUUGAAAUUAGCUGCUUUUAUUUUUAACUUUGGAAUUAUCUUUAUUGAGAUAAUGUACAUGGACACAUUCACACACGAACACAGAGAAAGGUGUAAGAUUGAACCUGUUUAUGGAAAUAUGUAUUGGGAUGAAUUCAGGUCAGUGGGUGUUUGGGGCAACAGUACGUCAGUAUUGGACACAUUGGGAACUAAUGUACAUGAACUGCUAUGUUGAGUUUGCAGUUGGUUUAGGCGUUAAAGUUAAGUACACACAAAAACAAAUUGCUCCCAGAUGUUUGGUUGCUAACUGAUUUCUUUGAGAUGAAAGACUAGUCAAGAAAAAGCGCUCGCAAGUUAGAAAUUAAUUUGCACAAAGUGUUUGGAGGGGAAAAUAGUUUAACUGAAGGGAGAAAAGAGAGAUUGCAAAGUACCUUUGAGAUGAUUCUGAAUGUUGAGGAAGUUUGUGUAUGAUAUUGAUCUUAAAUCUGAAUGUAAAAUGUUGUACAUAGCAUAACCGUAAUCAUGAAAUUGGUCAACACAGAUCUCAGCUGGUCUCUGAAGAGUUUGAAAAAGUAAAGCUAUACAGAUAUAAAGCUACUGUUUAUAUAGUACCAGUCAAAAGUUUGGACACCUACUCAUUCAAGGGUUUUUCUUUAAUUUGACUAUUUUCUACAUUG